AUGGGUAAAUCCGUACGGUGGUCUGAUUUACCUAAAGAACUCGUCGAUUCAAUUGCUAAUCGGUCUGCCAACAUCUAUCUCCUCCGUAUCCGUAGCAUUUGUAAACCCUGGCGUUCUGCGGUUGUGACCAAAAAGCGUUUCCUCAACCGCUUUAAACGCAGCCUUGUUGGUCCUUCCAAUAGGAAGAAAAAGAGUGACGUCUUACCCAACACUUUCUUCCGUGUAACUCAAGCUUCUUCUACGUCUUCAUAUCCUAACAAAGGAUGGCUGAUCAAAACCAGACAAAUCUCUGAAUCAAGUAAGAUUAGUCUCUUGUCUCCCCUCUCUAAGGAGCUCAUAACUCCUUCCGACAAAACCCUAGAUCUUUUGAAGUUCGUGAUUACAGAGAUUCGUCAAUCUUACAACGUUCAAUUCUUGAACAAGCAAACGAAAAAUUUACGUGAUUCGUCUAGAGUUGUUUUAGCAGACAAUCAUGUUUACGUAGUGGACACCAACAAGCAAUUCUGGUGCUGCAAGCGUGUAGAAGGAAGUAGUAUAUGGAGAAGAGUCGAAAACAAAUAUGUUGGAGAAUUCUCGGACGUUAUACUUCACAGAGGACAAGUCUAUGCUUUAGAUUUAAAAGGCCUAAUUUGGCGUAUUAAUAAUAAUAGUUUAUCUGAUCUCAAUAUAUCUCAAUACGGACCUUCAACUCCAGUGAAAUAUCGCAAGAUCAAUGAUUGCAAAGACAAAAGACUUGUGGAGCAUUGUGGAGAUCUAUGUGUGGUCUAUAAGAUGGACAAGGAGUUGGCUAAAUGGGUUGAGGUUAGUUCCUUGGAAGACAAGGCACUCAUUGUGGCUACGGAUAGUUGUUUUACGGUCUUAGCCUCUGCGUACUAUGGAUGUUUGGAGAAUGCUAUCUACUUUGAUGAAGAUGGGUAUAAAUUUAGGAAAGGAGUGCAAGGUGAAGGUGCUAAAGUGUGGAAGCUUAAUGAUCUUAGUAUCAUCAAUAUGAAUAAUUCUCCUUAUCAUAGUUGUUUUCAGAUGUUUUCUUCUCCUUUCCUCUGUAAAUACUAG